UUACACGUCCGUCGCUGUCCCCUGAUUUCGCCGUAACUGGCACGAGCAAUAAUUCAGAAGAAUUCAGGACCAACACGGGAUUAAAAGGCAGCUUAAUUGUAUGACCUCGAUUUCAGGCAGAUUAAAGUCAGAGAAAGGACUAGGACUGAGGAUGAGAUUUGCUUGUUACAGCUGUCCACUCUGACACGACAGUCAAGUCACUCCCCGGCCCUGUUGAGUGAGUAAAGCAGACAGCAUCUCUUUGAUGAUGCCUGGAAAAAAAAUAAUAUUAUGAGGGGGCUUCUGGAUGCAAAAAUAGCCAGUUGUGCACCUGAUGGGCGACUUACAACAACGCGGGAGUGUCGAGGCGAUGAGAAGGAGCGUGUCUCGCUCGGAUGAAGGUCGUUAAUGAAGAUGGAUUGAUAAGCAGACAAGUCCCAACUUUGCCAAUGUUUUUCUUUCUGCACUUCACUUUUAAGAAAACCUGGUAACAGGGCCGACAGCGCGGUCAGCAAUGAAAGGCGGACUGCUAUUAGCCUCAUGUCUCAUGCUGCUUUUCCAAACGUCUUCGGGGUGUCCUGAGAUCUGCAUUUGUCAGCCUUCUUCGAGGACAGUUGACUGCAGCUAUAGAGGACUUUUGGAAGUUCCAAGUAAUUUGCCAUCACAAACUCAAAUACUUCAACUACAGGGUAACCAGAUUCGGGUGAUCAACUAUACAUCCUUUGUCAAUGUUCCUGGCCUCAGAAUCUUAGACUUGUCUAACAACUCCAUUUCAAGAGUUCCACCAUUUGCUUUCCACUACCUACGUUCCCUCCAGGUUCUAAAUUUGACCAGCAAUGUCAUCCACUAUCUUGAAGGUCAGGUUUUCACACCUCUACUUGCACUGAAGGAACUGGACUUGUCUUUUAACAACAUUAGCACUUUGCCAGAGUCCUUGGGGAGCAACACUCGAAACCUGACCUUUCUUGGAUUGAAAAACAACCAUCUACAAGCAGUUGACAGGAUGGUCCUAGACACAUUCACAAACCUUAAAGUUUUGCUUUUAAAGUCCAACCCUUGGCAAUGCAGCUGCCCAGUUCUAGCUCUAAAGCUUUGGCUGGAGAACUUUUUAUACAAAGGGAAUGUUAUUGAUGAGCUGAUCUGUACCAGCCCAGAGAACCAUAAAGGAAACAAUCUUCUCAAAAUCCCAUUUGAAUUGUAUAAAAGUUGUCCUUUAUUCACCACUUCAUUCCCAAUGGCCAGUAUCCACCAACACAGCCAAGAACACAGGAAUAAUGGCCGACACGGAUAUCAUGUGGAUCACAUGGAGGGUAGUCACCCUGAAUGUGAACCAAAGCCAAAGCCUCGGCCAGCCAACUUGAGGCAUGCCAUAGCCACUGUCGUCAUCACUGGAGUCAUUUGUGGAAUUGUAUGCCUAAUGAUGUUGGCAGCUGCAAUCUAUGGAUGUGCCUAUGCGGCAAUUAUGGCAAAAUAUCAUAAAGAGCUCAAGGAGGUGGAACAAAUCACCUCUGCCACAGAACAUGGUAGCCCUGAAGAGAAAGAACCUCUUGAUGGCUCAUUAGCCUAAGUUGCAGAUUACAUAUUUUUCCAACUUACAAAACUGUUUAUUGCUGAAUUCUUCACUUUUUAACAUAUUAUUUAUCUUACGAUUAUGCAGUUUAAUCCUAUUUGUACUCCUGUAUGUUAAAACAUAAGCGUGCUGCCCCUCCUAAAAUCGUAAGAAAGGAAUGGCUGUUAAGUGUAUUUAUGACCUAAUAAUGGAGUUAAACUUAAUUAGAAGAUUAGAAUCCCUCCAAUUCAUAAAACUAUUGUGAGCCUCAAAAUUACUUCUAUUGAACUUUAUGGAUGGUUCAAUUCCAAGAAGAAUUGAGAAGAGAGAUAUAUCAUUUUGUACACGUCGAUACAUGUAUCAAAAUGUUAUGCCAUA